UGUGAGAGAACUUCUUAACGUGUCGAUGCUCGUACUUUGGGAAGCAACAAAGAAAAAGCUAAGAUAGAGAGAUAGAGAGAGAAAGGGAGGGAGAUAGAGAGAGAGAGAGAGAGCGAGAGAGGGCGAGGGAGAUGCCCCCGCGAGGAGGAGGAGGAGGAGGGAGCGGCGGCGGCGUCGGCGGAGGCGGCGACGGCGCUCUCUUCUUCGCGGCGACGCUGCUGCUGUGGGCGGUGGCGGUGGCGUUCGAGAUCGCGGCGGAGGGGAGGAGGGAGCUCUUGGCCGUGGCCGCGGGGUUCGUCUUCUUCCAGGGUGCGAAUUGGGUGAUCCGCUUCUCCCUCUCCCGCGACCCCCUCUUCGUCAACACCUCCGUCUCCCUCCUCCACUCCAUCAUCACCUCCGCCUCAGUUGUAUUUGUUCUGGUUAAUCAGUGGGUUAUUAGAGGACUUGGCAAAAUGUUCGAACAUGAACAGUUGUUCGGUGGAACAUGGCUUGGUGCGUAUUCAGCUCUAUGCUUUUCUUGUGGCUACUUUGCUUAUGACCAACUGGACAUGAUUCGGUAUCGAUUAUAUAGCGGGUGGAUUCCUGCCAUACUUGUGCAUCACCUGAUCCUUCUGGUUUGCUUUACACUGGCUUUGUAUCGGAAAGUCACGAUCAACUACCUCAUUCUCUCCCUUGUGUGCGAGCUCCACUCCAUAUUUUUACAUGUAAGAAAAGUACGGCGGAUGGCUGGGUUUCGUGAUUCCAAGAGCAGGAUGGUUAAAGUUGAAUGGGCACUCAACUGGGCCACCUUCUAUAUUGCAAGGCUUCUCUGCCACAUCCUUAUUACAUACAAGCUCAUCAUCGAUGCCCAUAAGUUUGAUCGAGGAAUCGAGCUCCCACUGGCUCUGUUUGGAAUGGCCGGAAUGAAUUUGCUCAAUAUUUUCUUAGGCCUCGAUUUAUUAAAAGCCUAUCGGAGGGAGAGGAAUCAGCAGAGGAAUCAAGAAUGAAUGUUUUCCUCAAUGGCUCCCAACCUGUUUAACUGUUGCAAUUGGGUCUUAAUAUUUGCAUUUUUCUUAAUGCAAUCUUACCUUUAUGGUCAAAUUCAUUCAUCAAAUUGCUGCAUAAGCAACUUUUGGAUUUCUUAUUCGGCAAUUACAUGGAUAUUGCCAUCCAAUUGAACUGAGAAUUUAAUGGCUAGUGGUCAAAGACUAUGAACUCUAUUGUGACGACGAUAAAGUAUGGGAUCAAACUGAAACAUUCUAAUAUCUUUGGGGACCUUGGUGCAAACUACUGUUUUGGUAUUCCUGAUGCUUCUUUGCUCAUAUACUGAAGCACAGAUGGUUGAGAGGUAUGUCUUGUUUGAGCCUCUCUAAUUGACUUUUCCUGCAAGGCUGCAAUCAAUAUGUUGUGUAUCUAAGUAUACUAAAGCACUUCUUGAUAACCACACACAAUUUGUUCAAUGUAUUUGGAUUUUUUUUUUUUUUUUUUUCUUGUUAACACAGUAAGUUUGUAUAUUAAAUUAUGAACAAGGAAAAUGUAUCAGUUGCUUUA